CAAUUCUGCAUCCAUCUCCACUGCUUUUACAUUCCACUGAUGAAAUUGGACAGUUAAUUGGCCAUUAGCCGCCUCUCCUUUUCUUUCUCACGACCCCACCUCUUUUUUCACAUAAACCUCAUCCUCAGUUCUCUUCUUCAACCAAAGCUUGGCUAGCAGCUCGUCGAUCGCUUUUCUCUGCAACCUCUCCAUCUCAUGGACAUGGAGAACUACCCAAUACUCCUCUCCUCUUCAUCAUCAUCAUCGUUAGCAACCGCUAUUCCAUUCUCAUCUAACAUGGUGACUUCUCAUGUUAUUAACCAUCUUCAUGGAAACAAUCCACCUGGGUUCUUAGGAUUGAAGUCGGAGAUGGAUACCCCACUUAGCUCCGACGACUUUACAACCACCCUUCCUCAGAUUCAGAGCUUUGGUGGGCCUAAAAAUGAGAUGAAACUAGGUAUCAAAAAGGGGGAGAAGAAGAUUAGAAAGCCCAGAUAUGCUUUUCAAACAAGAAGCCACGUCGAUAUACUUGAUGAUGGAUAUCGAUGGAGGAAAUAUGGCCAAAAGGCUGUGAAGAACAACAAAUUUCCUCGAAGCUACUAUCGGUGUACGCACCAAGGAUGCAACGUGAAGAAGCAAGUUCAACGGCUAUCCAAAGAUGAAGGAAUUGUGGUGACAACCUACGAAGGGAUGCAUACCCAUCCUAUUGAGAAGUCUACCGACAACUUUGAACACAUCUUGAAUCAGAUGCAAAUCUAUUCUGCCUUUUAGCUUUAGCCUCACUCUUUCUGAGAUAAUUACUUUUUUUUUUUGUCGUUCUUUGUAUUUGUGAAUUAUGUAGCUUUAAAAUUUAGUUUUUAUUUUUUCUUUUUCUUUUUAUUAUUAUUAUUAUUAUUUUGAAACCGGGGCUAAUGCUUCCAUGCAUGGUGACACCUUUUAUGAAAUUAAAUAAAUAGCUCUAGUACCGAAUGGGUGCUCUUUUAAGCUUUAAAAACUA